GUAGAAUCGGUCUUCGUCGUCGACAAGGGCUAUGGAGAAGGACAUGAGUGAUUGGUCGCUUGAGGAGGGGGGUUUGCGCCAGGAUGCUCACCUGGACAUUCUUUCUGAUAGACGAGGAGUGGGUGUUGUAGGAAGAGGAGGAGGAGUUGGGGCAGUACUUCAGCGGGAAGCAGAAAGACAGAUGUCUGGGCCGGACUUUGCUGACGUGCCCGGGAUGAAUGUCAGCGCCGCCGGCUUUGCCUCUCUUGCAAUGAGCGCGAUACGCCUUCGCAGCGUGAAGUCGGGAAAGCAAUGGUCUUUAUUGACCUCCACAGGGGCCCAUCGCGCAGGGAGAUUAGAGGAAGACAAGAGGGCCGACAGACAUGGAGAGGAAGAAGAGGAGGAGGACGUGGUGUUGGACGACGAGGACAGUGACGACGAGUGCGUCAUCAUUGCUCCGCCGAUUCCUGAGGCAGGCGGGGGCGGAGAACCUAUCAAAGAGCACGAGGUGCAUGAUGAGGAGGGGGAGGGGAAGGAGGAGGAGGAGGAAGAGGAGGAGGUGGGGGAGGAGGAGGGGAGUGGGACAAAACCCGGCGAGAAGGCGAGGAGAAAGAAGCGGCGGGAUCGGUUUCGCUCGUUUGUGAAGAAACGUAUGCUGGCCGGGAAGGCAGCGCUCAGUCUUCACUCUCAUCUUCGCAUCAAUCCAAUGGGAGAGCUGGAGGCGACCCCUUCCUCUUUGCCGCCCGAAAUAAUGCACCGAGGUGUUCACGCAGGGUUGUGCACUAUUCCUCCCCCUCCCCCCUCCUCUUUGAACUCCUACGCGGACGCUUACUCCGCGUACCUGAGUGAUCCGGUGGGUGACGGCGUGUACCCCGGGAAGGAAGAAGGAGCGCAGCAGCAACAGCACCAGCAGCAGGAGGAGGAGGAGGAGGAGGAGGAGGAGGAGGAGGAGGAGGAAGAGGAGGAGGAGAAGGAACAGGAGGAGGAUGAGGAGGACAAGGAUGAGAGCCAACUGGGGAAGACGAAGAAGAAGCCCCUGCGUUCGUGGCUAACGUUUCCUCCGACGGCCUUUAGCAAGAAGAACAUUGUGAUGCUUGUGGUUGGAACACGUGGCGACGUGCAGCCCUUCAUCUCGAUAGGAAAGAAGCUUCUCGAGUGCGGACACCGCGUUCGACUGGCGACUCACGGCAAUUUCCGAGAGUUCGUCACUCAGAACGGCUUAGAGUUCUACCCUCUGGGAGGCGAUCCGAAGAUACUAGCCGAGUACAUGGUCAAGAAUGGCGGGCUGCUGCCGUCGGGUACUGCACAGAUCAUGCAGCAACGCAAGCAGCUGAAAGCGAUAGUGAAGUCGACCAUCAAAGCUUGCACAGAAGCCGAUCCCUACCCGGGUUCCCCGCCGGGCAACUUUCCGUGCGAUGCGAUUAUGGCAAAUCCCCCCAGUCUGGGCCAUACGCACGUGUCAGAGAAAUUGAGGAAGCCUCUUCACAUGGUUUUCACCAUGCCCUGGAGCGCCACCUCCAAAUGGCCGCAUCCUCUGGCGCGAAUUCCGAGCCUGACAAUGAAUCGCUCGCGCGAGAAUCGCCUCUCUUACGCGAUGGUUGAUGCGAUGAUGUGGAUGGGCAUCGGCGGCAUCAUCAAUCGGUUUCGAACCCGCGACCUCAGCCUUAGCAGCAUUCACGGUGUGAGGGGCCCCUGCUUAGACGAUUACCACGUCCCCUUCAGCUACAUCUGGAGCCGCCAUCUGGCCCCCAAACCUAAGGAUUGGGAGCAGAACCCCAUCGACAUUGCAGGCUUCUGUUUUCUGGAACUGCGCUCCAAUUACACCCCUCCCCAGGACCUGCUUGACUUCCUAGAAGGGGGGGAGAAACCCGUGUUUAUCGGGUUUGGCAGUUUGCCUGUGGAGCGUCCGGCCCAUGUCACUCGUCUCGUGGUUGAGGCCCUCCUGGAUGAAGGUCGUCGCGGCAUUAUCCAAAAGGGUUGGGGCGGAUUGGGAUCUAUGUCGGACGACAGCGAUGCCGACAAUGAGAAUCCCGAUCCCAACCGGCGUCAGCUGCUGCUCCCCCCCUCUGUGUACUCGAUCGAUAACUGUCCCCACGAUUGGCUGUUUCCGCGCUGCAGCGCUGUGAUUCAUCACGGUGGAGCGGGGACCACAGCCGCCGGCCUCAAGGCAGGCUGUCCUACCACGGUCAUCCCGUUCUUCGGCGAUCAGCCCUUUUGGGGGGACUGUGUUCAUGCUAGGGGGGUAGGGCCCAGACCCAUCCCGAUCAAGGAAUUGACCAAAUACCGCCUGCGCGAGGCCCUGAAGGUCAUGCAGCUCCCAGAAACCAAGAGGAACGCUCUCGAACUUAGCGAAAAGCUGAACGAAGAAGACGGAGCGACGCGGGUGGUGCAGUAUUUCCACUAUCGCCUGGCGCAAGGAGGAACCAUCAUACCGGAGUACAGAAGCAUUUCUCAACAAAUCUUGUCUACCUUUCACCCUAAUAAGUCCAGCAGCGAUUCUGAGAAAACCAGCAAGCAGAGCAGCAAUACUGAGUUGGCGGUGGCGGUCGUACCGACACAGACCGAUAAGCUGAAAGAGUACGCAAUUGAUAGUCGUCGGCUGCGAGAGAGAUUUUUCUGGAGAAAGUCCUAAUUGAGUUUAGAUGGAUUUGAUUAAAUAAAAGAAUAAAAGAAUAAUAAUAGGAAACAAAAGGAACCGAUCUAG